CGGUGGAGGAGGAAGAGGAGGAGGAGGAGGAAGGCGGCGGUGGCGGCGGCGAAAGCAGAGGGAAGGACGGGGGCGGCGUCGGACUGGAGCCGAGCGGCGGCGCGAGCUGCCCGGGGCGCGGUCGUGUGCUCGCCCGCCGGGCCCCCACCGCCGAGCUACACCCUGCCGUGCCCAGCUCUGCCCGCGUCCGUGCCCCUACGGGGAGCGCGCCGGGGCUGCCCCCCGAAUGACGGGCGGAAGGUUCGACUUCGACGAUGGCGGCACCUACUGCGGCGGCUGGGAGGAGGGCAAGGCGCAUGGGCACGGCAUCUGCACGGGGCCCAAGGGCCAGGGCGAGUACUCGGGCUCCUGGUCGCACGGCUUCGAGGUGGUCGGAGGCUACACCUGGCCCAGCGGCAACACCUACCAGGGCUACUGGGCUCAGGGCAAGCGGCACGGGCUGGGGGUGGAGACGAAGGGCAAGUGGAUGUACCGGGGGGAGUGGUCACAUGGUUUCAAGGGGCGCUACGGGGUCCGGCAGAGCUUGUGCACCCCCGCUCGCUACGAGGGUACCUGGAGUAACGGGCUGCAGGACGGGUACGGCGUGGAGACCUACGGGGACGGAGGUACCUACCAAGGCCAGUGGGCCGGUGGCAUGCGGCAUGGCUACGGCGUGCGCCAGAGCGUGCCCUAUGGCAUGGCUACGGUGAUCCGCUCGCCCCUGCGCACCUCGCUGGCCUCGCUGCGCAGUGAGCAAAGCAAUGGCAGCGUGCUCCACGACGCAGCUGCAGCUGCCGAUAGUCCAGCCGGCACCCGCGGUGGCUUCGUGCUCAACUUCCAUGCCGAUGCUGAGCUCGUGGGCAAGAAGAAGGGCGGCCUCUUCCGCAGGGGCUCCCUCCUGGGGAGCAUGAAAAUUCGCAAGUCCGAAUCCAAGUCUUCCAUUUCCAGCAAGCGCAGCUCGGUCCGCAGCGACGCGGCCAUGAGUAGAAUUAGCUCCAGCGAUGCCAACUCCACCAUCAGCUUUGGCGACGUCGACUGUGAUUUUUGCCCCGUGGAAGACCAUGUGGACGCCACCACCACGGAAACCUACAUGGGGGAAUGGAAGAACGACAAACGCAAUGGUUUUGGCAUCAGCGAGCGCUCUAAUGGCAUGAAGUAUGAGGGCGAGUGGGUCAACAACAAGAGGCAUGGCUACGGCUGCACCGUGUUUCCCGAUGGCUCCAAGGAAGAGGGGAAAUACAAAAAUAAUAUUUUGGUCCGUGGAAUAAGGAAGCAGCUUAUACCGAUAAGAAAUACAAAAACUAGGGAGAAGGUGGACAGAGCUAUAGAAGGCGCGCAAAGGGCAGCUGCCAUGGCGAGAACCAAAGUGGAAAUAGCCAAUUCAAGGACUGCACACGCCAGAGCCAAAGCUGACGCUGCGGACCAGGCCGCGCUGGCUGCCCGCCAGGAGAGUGACAUCGCAAGAGCAGUGGCCAGGGAGCUGUCGCCUGACUUCUACCAGCCAGGCCCAGAUUAUAUCAAACAGAGAUUUCAGGAAGGUGUAGAUGCUAAAGAAAAUCCAGAAGAAAAGGUACCAGAAAAGCCACCUACACCAAAGGAGUCUCCUCAUUUUUAUCGCAAAGGUACGACACCCCCAAGGUCUCCUGAGGCAAGUCCCAAACAAAGGCACUCUCCCCAGCCGUCCCCACAACCUUCAAGGAAACAGAACCCCAGCCCAGGGGCCAGACUCAACCGAGACAAACGGAGUGUGGCUGAUGAGCAGGUGAUGGCCAUGGUCAACAAGCCCUUGAUGUCAAAGGCUCCCUCAAAGGAGAUGGGAGCCAUCGUGCCCCAGUCCAAGUACUCUGGCCGCCACCAUGUCCCUAACCCCAGUAAUGGGGAGCUGCAUUCUCAGUACCACGGCUAUUACGUGAAACUGAACGCCCCCAAGCACCCUCCAGAAGAUGCGCAGGAAGAUGAAGGAUCCGGCCACUCUUCCUCAGCUCUGGUGCACAAGCCGUCAUCCAACAAGUGGAGUCCCCCUAAAUCUGUGACAAAACCAGUUGCCAAAGAAAGCAAAGCUGAGCCAAAAGCCAAGAAGUCUGAACUUGCCAUACCAAAGAAUCCAGCGAGCAACAAUUCAUGCCCUUCUUUGGAAAAAGAAGCCAAUUCGGGCCCUAAUUCAGUCAUGAUUGUCCUUGUCAUGCUCUUGAAUAUCGGAUUGGCCAUCCUUUUUGUUCACUUUCUAACUUGAUUGGAGUUAGGAAAGCUACAUAUUGUCCUUCACUUUAAUUUUGGCUGUGCCUGAAUGCGAUUCAACAUAGUUACUCAAUGAUACAACUGUUUUGACCCUUCGGUGAAGUCAUGACAACUAGUAGUGUUAGCCCACAGUUCUCCGCAGUGGUGUCAUCAGCCCUUUAAAUGGCACACCCCAGUCAGACUCAGACACAGAGAAGGAGGCUCGGAAUUAGGAUGGGCUCACAAGAGAAAUGAAACUUGGAAAAUGCAGCCAGAGCACCCAUUCGGUUCCCCCUGGGAGUGCUUUAUGGCUUUGGGGUCCUCUGGGAGCUGAAGCAAGCAGCUGUGUUGGAGCACAAAACUUAAUAAUCAUUCUCUUUAAAAAUCUGCUGAAGCAGCCCCAUCCGGCAAAGUUCUUGGCAUUGGCUACUCCAUCUGUCCUAGCAGAGUGUGACUAAACUGGAAAUGUAUGGAGCUGCGUUUUUUUUGUUGUUGUUGAUGGAAGUCAACAGCUGCCUUACUAUUUUACCAUCUGACGUUUUCAGUAGGGAGCUGGGGAAACAAACGAGCCUGAGGAAUGCGGCCGGAGGAUUGUGUUGCUGCGCCACCUUUCCAACAGUCACUCCUGUCUCAUUACAAGAACGAGGUAGCAGCAUCACUCAGCAGUCUUAUGCCAUGACCUGCUGCUUUAACGUCUCCCGGAACGUUCUGGGAGAAAACGUUGCGUUUGCUUGUGCACGACUAUUUUUGCUGUUUAUUUAAAUAUGAUGUAUGGUCAUCUACCACGUGCGGUCCUGGCCAGAUGAAACACACAUGUUGCAUCUCAAGGAAAAGAAACAACAAGAUUCUAGAGAAAUGUGUUGAUUUUGACAGCAAUACAUCAUUUUUUUUUAUGUCAUUUAGUCUUCCUAAACCUUUGGUGAAAGGCUGUUUAUCUUUAAAAUUUAGCAAUUUGAAAGCAUUAUACCUUCCUAAGAAAUAACUUAAUUUUAAAUAUUUUUAAUGUUACUCAAUGAAUUAUUUAUGCACUUAGGAGGUGCUCAAUUUUAAAAGCUGAAAGACAACAGAAUUCUAAGAAGUCAGAAUGUUGCAUGGGUUGCAGUAAUCGGUGUUUAAAAGAUUCAGUUUCAUUGCUGACGUACUUUACAACCAAAUAAAAUCUUGUCAGUGGCUAUGUUAAUUCCCAUGAAAGUUAAGCAAGAUGCUAUUAAUAACUGCUCUUCUCUUUCUUUUUUUUUCCAACUGAAUAUUUUUGUUGAAUACAUUCAGGUAGAGCGUAAAGCUUUGUGAAAUCACUGCUUCUCAAUUUUAUGCCUUUUGUGUUUUUCAAAGUCCUUUUUUAAUUUUAUUUCACAUCUUAAAGGCUUAGACAUUUUUGUUUAAGUAUUUGUCUUUUGCAGUCCUUUGUUAUUCUGACAUAAUCUGAUUUUUUGCUGUUUUAUAAAUUAAUCCUUUAUUACUCAGAAGCAUGCUUACUUCGAGAAACUACAUGGUCUUUCUAAAAGUAAUUAUUUAAAAAGAAAUCGGGGAGGAAAGGUUUCUAUUAAAUCUCUAUGAAACAUUACAUUGUAGAGAGGGAGCUAUUCCUAAAUAUUUUCACAGUCUGCAUGGUUUCAUCCAGUUCUUUUCACCUUACUUGCUACCUUUUCGAUGCAGAAGAAACAAUUCAUGUGGUAGCACAGGGGUGGCCUGGAUGCUCUGUCACCUGCAAGGUAGUAACCCAGUGGUGUUUUUUGCAGAAGUACAAUAUGUUGAGAAUCCUGGGUGUGACCAAUAUGGAAUAAAGAAGAAAGCAGAAAGAGAGCAAAUGAAAAUUACAACUUGUAUAUUUAUUUAUUUUUUACAUUUUGCUUUGACUUUUAAAUUUAAGAAGUAUGUUUUUACCCAAGAACCGUUUCAGUUCCUCUGUCAGUCUCAAUACUCUCAAUUCUCCUUCCUAACCCCGUAGCUCUUUAUGCUGGGAAAGCUGAUUUUUUAAAGAAAAAACAAAAUAUUUAAUCUUACUAAGUGUUUAUUUAAAAUGUGUAAUGCUUUGAAAUAAUGGGUAACAGAUAACUAAAGGAUAUGUUUAUACAGUGAGCAUGUUGGUUCCAUUUAUAAAUAUAUGUAUGAUUUAUAAGCUUUUUUAAAACAAAGCCAAAAUUGUUGGUAUUUUUCUAAAAUGUGCACAGCUGUAUUUUACAUGAAAGGCUCUUUCUAAUGGGUUGUUAUACUGUACUCUACAUUUUGGACAGCACAUGAGGUCUGCCAAUGUACUUAAUAAAACAUGACUUGUUUAUUUAAAGUUUCUUGCUGUGAAAAAGAACUCCCUACCUGUGAGUUCCUUUAUUUAUAAUUCUUGAAACCAAAAUGUAUAAUGUACAGUUUUCACAACUGUAUCUGCUCUAAUAAAAAAAGUUGGUUAUUUAAAAA